UUGAGAGAGAAACUUUGAUUUCAAAUUUGUUUGAUGGUAUCAGAGCCUUGUCGGUGAGGAAUCAGAGAAUUUCUUUCAAUUUUAUUCCUAUUCUCUUAUUCCCAUUCUGUAAUGGCCCCAUCUCAAAACAGUAGCUACCCAUAUCCUUCUACCCUCAAUGUGUCAAACUUUGUUUCCCUAAGACUUACUCCCACCAACUAUCUAUUAUGGAGGACUCAAAUGGCCGCCUUAAUUGAAAGUCAAGACAUGCAGGGAUUCCUAGAUGGAGAGUAUGUCAUGCCGGCAGCCAAAAUCACCCCAACUGACAGCAGUGAUGCUGAGGGACCCAAAGAGGUACCAAACCCGGCUUAUAUCUCAUGGAGGCGGUCUAAUCACCUUCUACGUGGAUGGAUCAUUGGCACUCAUUUUGAAGAAGUGCUUGGAAUCGUUGUGGGACUCACAACAUCUUGUGAGGUUUGGGAUGCUUUAGAAGAAGCUUAUGCCCAAGACUCUCAAGAGAGAGAGUUCAAUUUGACACAAGCAAUGACCACAUUGUGGAAAGGUAACGAUUCAUUGACUGAAUAUUUAAGAAAAUUCAAAAAUAUUUGUGAUGAACUUGCUGCUAUGGGGAAACUAGUACCAGACAAAACCAAAGCCUUUUGGGUGUUACAAGGACUUGGCCAAGGCUAUGAGAACUUUGUGACAACCAUGUUGAAACCUCCGGUUCCACCAUACCGAGAAGUUGUAUCUCUUCUCAAAAGUCAUGAGACUCGGAACCAAAUCCAUGGGUUUGAUAGUUAUAAUCAUCCUCAAGUGGCCUUUUACGGACAAAGGACCAAUGGAAACCAAAACAAGAGGAAAGGAAAUGGCUUCAACAAAUUCAACUCAAAAGGAAAAAGUUUCUUUCAAGGCAAUGGAACUAACAACACCUAUAAUAAUGCUAGUGCAAACUACUUUUCUCAUGCAGGUAAUAGGAAUGUCGGAUCUAACUUUACGAGGAAUCAGCCUAACAACUUCAACAAACAGAAGGCUGAAGCUCAAAAUCCCAUCAUGGAGAGUGCAAUCAAAUGCCAAAUUUGUGGAAAGCUCAAUCAUAUUGCUAUGAAGUGCUUCAACAGAUUUAAUCACUCAUAUCAAGAAGAUGAUAUUCCAAAGGCAUUGGCAGCCAUCACCAUUGAUGACAAUCAAGAGCUUGAAUGGCAUCCAGACACAGGUGCAUCUAUCCAUAUGAUAGGAAAUUCUAGUAAGCUAAAUAACUUAAAACCUUAUCAUGGCCAAGAUGCUGUUAUGGUUGGGACAAGCAAACCCAACAAGGUAAUUGCUUUUGGACAAAAGGCUGGAGGUCUACAUACUUUAGAGGAUGCUUUGGAGGAAGGACAUAGGGCACUUUUCUCCACAAGUACUACAGGUGAUGGUGAAAAGCAGAGUUGCUCUAUUCCAUGUGGUGCACCGACCAUAGAACAAGGGAAAUCAGCUUGCAGUGAAGAAUCAAGCAUUCCAAUAGAGCCCAAGCCAGUUUGGUCAGCAUUUAAACAUCAAGGAUGGACCCUUGCAAUGCAUGAAGAAUUAGAAGCACUUGCAAAAAAUGAUACUUGGGACCUCGUGCCUCAUACGAAAGAUAUGAAUGUGGUUGGAUCUAAAUGGGUGCUCAAAACAAAAUUACAUGCUGAUGGGAGUCUAGAGCGCCUCAAGGAGCAUAUUGUUGCCAAAGGAUUUCACCAAAUAGCUGGCGUUGAUUUCUCUGAAACAUUUUACCCUGUGGUGAAAGCUGGGACCAGUUGUACUAUAUUAGCAAUUGCAACAGCCAAACAAUGGCAAAUCCGACAACUGGACAUGAAGAACGCUUUUCUACAUGGAUAUCUCAAUGAGCCGGUAUAUAUGGAGCAACCACUUGGGUUCUUGGAUCCCAAAUUCCCAACUCAUGUUUGUCGAUUAAAACAUGCUUUAUAUGGGUUGAAACAAGCACCACGUGCUUGGUUUGAUAGACUUAGCAAAUUCCUUUUUAACAUUGGAGAUAACUCUGAAUUUCUUGAGCUGUUUAUCUCUCAACUUGGUCAAGAAUUUGCUAUUAAAGAUCUUGGUCGUCUCAAUUUCUUUCUUGGCAUAGAAGUUCAUUACACAAGCCUUGGUUUGAUUCUAUCUCAAUCCAAAUAUGCACUAGACAUUCUAUCCAAAGCUCAAAUGGAGGGUUGCAACUCGAUCUCCACUCCUAUGGCGCUUAAAGCAUGUUCCUCACAUUCUAGCAAUGAUGCAUUUCAUGAUCCAACUCAUUAUAGGAGUAUUUUUGGGGCACUUCAAUACCUCACAUUUACUCGACCGGAUCUCUCAUUUGCAGUCAAUUAUGUUUGCCAGUUCAUGAAUUCUCCUACAAUUGGAAAUUACCAAACCGUCAAGUGGAUAUUAAGGUAUGUACAUGGGACUCUCAAUUAUGGCUUACAAAUUCUUAACCAAAGUUCCUUGGACUUGUAUGCCUUUUCAGAUGUUGAUUGGGCUGGGUGUUCUUUGACCCAUCGUUCCACCUCUGGUUAUUGUACCUUCUUGGGAAGCAACUGCAUUUCAUGGUCUGUGGAGCUUGAUGUAUCUAAGAAAUUUGGAGUUGUUAUGAAGAAAAUGAACCCUCUUGUUGCCACACCUAUUCCAAGAUUAGCUACUUUGGAGCAAUACUACUGAGGAUAGGUCCUUGAUGGCGUUUACCUACUAUCGUAAAACUCAUUGCAAAAGAAGAGAAUCGGUUAAAAUAAUAUUAUUAUCGUAUAUGUUUAUGUAAGUCUGCAUAUAUUUUCAAGUAUGUGUGAUUAUGGACAUGAUUAUAUACCUUGAUUGUGUACAAUUGUUAUGUUUAUAUGUAGGAUGCUGAUUGGUGCACAC